AUGCAACCCAUAGUGGCAUAUUUAGCGGACGGAGUCCUACCUGAAGGACGUACCGAAGCGGCUAAGCUAUUUCGAAUUUCCUCCGUCUAUUCACUAAUAGAGGGAGCAUUGUACCGGACCUCAGUCACACACCCAUGGUCUAAAUGCAUAUCACUAGAAGAAGGAAGCUACGUCCUUCGGGAAAUCCAUGAAGGAGAAUGUGGAGCUCAUGAGGGCGCAGUAACUCUAUACAGAAAAGCAAUGUUACAGGGAUUUUAUUGGCCCAUGAUGAAAAAAGACGCUGAAGAAAUGGUCAAGAAGUGCGAUAAAUGCCAGAAAUUUGGGUCGCUCAUCAGAACCCCAUCCGAUCACUAG